UUUUCUGCCUGCUACCUCACAAAAUAUUGUGCACUUUUAUUCAAUCAAAACAUUUCCACCAUAGCUAUUCUUGAUCAUCAAGCAACAAGAAAUAUUAAUGGAGGAUUUUCGUCAAUUUAACGUGCCCAAAAUCAAAUUAGGUGGCCAAGGAUUAGAGGUUUCAAGACUAGGAUUUGGUUGUGGAGGACUAUCCGGUAUAUAUAAUGCACCUCUCACACAUGAAGAAGGGAUUUUAAUGAUCAAGCAAGCUUUUAAUAGUGGCAUUACAUUUUUUGAUACUUCUGAUUUAUAUGGUGAUAACUAUGACAAUGAGAUCAUGAUUGGCAAGGCCCUCAAGGAGCUUCCUAGAGAAAAAAUUCAACUAGCAACUAAAUUUGGUUGCUUCAAGAUAGGUGAUGUAUUUGGUGUCAAAGGUAACCCAGAUUUUGUAAGGAAGAGUUGUGAAGGUAGCCUUAAACGUCUUGGUGUUGACUACAUUGAUCUAUAUUUCCAACAUCGUGUCGACACAUCGGUUCCGAUAGAAGAAACUAUGGGUGAGCUAAUGAAGCUAGUAGAGGAAGGUAAGAUAAAGUACAUUGGAUUAUCUGAAGCAAGUGUAGACACUAUUCUAAGAGCACAUACUGUUUACCCUUUAACUGCCGUGCAAAUACAAUAUAAUCUUUGGUGUCGUGAUGUUGAACAAGAUGUAAUUCCUCUUUGCCGUGAGCUUGGAAUUGGGAUAGUUACUUAUAGCCCUCUUGGUCGUGGCUUCUUUGGAGGAAAGGCAGUUGUGGAAGCUCUACAAACAGAAAGCUUUUUGAAUUUACAUCCAAGGUUCAUUGGUGAAAAUCUAGAGAUAAACAAGUUAUUGUACAACCGACUUGCUGAUUUAUCAACAAAGCAUUCAUGUUGUGUGCCACAAUUAGCCUUGGCUUGGUUGCUUCAUCAGGGGAAUGACAUUGUUCCCAUCCCGGGAACUACGAAAAUAAAAAACCUUAAUACCAAUAUCGAGUCAUUGACAAUAAAAUUAGAGACCAAUGAUUUGAAAGAAAUAUCGGAUGCAAUUCCUAUUGAUGAAGUUAAAGGGGAACAAGAUCCUGAUGCCCUAAUGAAAAUUUCAUACAAGUUUGCUAAUACUCCCAUGAAGAAAUUCAUUUGAGCUAUGGAUUGAAUAUCAACUAUAUAUCAUGUUGUACUCCUACUUGCUUGAAGUUCCAAUUCAAGCUAUUUAAUUACUUUUUAUGCCAAAAGUGUAUUUUCAUUUUCAUAAUUUUGUAUUAAUAAUAAAAAUAAUCCAAAUUGUUGAUUA